UACGAUGUAACUACAACCCAGCCCAUGCAGCAGUAUAUUAAUGACUAACCUUAUAUUGCAGUUGUUCUCCUGACUGAAGUUUGGUCUGUUUAGCAUCCUGCCAUGCGAUUACAUGGAAAAUACACCUCUCUCAAGGCGCUGCUGCUGCGGUGCUACUCCCUUUACGGCCUGGGUGAUGGUACCGCUCUCGAGCUCAUGGAGAGCACACUCCUUGCUAGGAACAGAUGACAGCGGAUUUCUCUUCACUCACGUCUUCCUCUGACAUAUGCUGGUGCGAGCUGGUCUCACCAACUCCCCGCUGCUGGCCGCGAAGGGUUACCGCUCACCCGCAGAAGAAGCGGAUUGAAUUCUCCUGACUACCAGGAGCUUCAGCAUUCAGACAAUAGUUCCCGACUGACCAGCAGCAUCUCCCACGCCCCCACCGAUUCUCCCAGGGGCCUCAUCGAUGGUGGCUAGGAUCGGGGCACCGUGGAAAAGGGCUGUUUUUUUAUCAUCAGUGUGACUUGUGUCGUCUUUGCAUACCUCCACAAUGGUAUAUCAUUUAAUCUUAAGAAAGAAAUUGGAGUAUUAACGCGUUUCCCACCAGAAGAGCCCAAGUACCUUAAGUGGUACGUGUACCACAGUUUGAGAAAGACUGGUGUAUAGAAAAGGAUAUUGGCAUAUAUGCCAACACUGUUUGCUCUCGUACCUUUUUUGUGCCCAUUGAGUUCUAUUAUAAUCAUAUAUUUCAAAUAUACUGUAAUCCUGACAUGUUAUAAUGCUUUUCCCAUGAAUACCUAAUGGAUCUAAGGUUCUGCCUUCAAAAUGAAGGAAAAAUAGGUUUUGGAUGAAAUGAGUACUCUCAUCACCGGAUAUAGGCAGAACUCCACCUUAGACAUUUUCAGUGGAGGCCUGGUUUUGAAUGCAGGACCACCAUAAAAAUGGUGUGGAUGUGCUGGGAUUGAUAUAAGAGAGUGGUGUGAAUGUGAUUGAGAAUAAAUUUUGUGUGUGUGUGUAAUUAUCAAAGGCCAAAGGGGCUGUGUUUAUGUUCUUUCUUGAUCAAAGACAGCCUCCUCUCGCUUAUUGUAUGCACGGUAUAACAUGUUUAUGCAGGUGCCCCUUUGAAGUCUGUGAGAAUAAUUUGGAGCCUGGUUUUACUGGUAAUUUCCAGUGUUCCCAACUUAGAGACUUUGUCGCUAUGUUUUAUUAGCGAGUUUUCAGACCCCCUUAGGGACUUUUUUUUUUUUUCUCAAAAAGCGACUAGUAACAAAUCUGGCGACUUUUACUGGUGUUAUUAGGAAGACUUAAUGCCGUGUUCUCCUUCGUUUGGUACAUAACUGUUUUGGGGGCAAAUAAAAUGCAAGUAGGGAUUAAAACCGCAGAAAUAAGGAUUACCCGGUGCUGGAAAUGCUAGCGCAUGAUGCAGUGUUUUGAUUUUGUUGCCACUCGUACCCACAAUGCAAUGCGCGAAAGUCACGUGGUCUUUCAAUCUCUAUUGUUGUUCUUGCAAAUACAGUUGGAGAGAAAAAAAAAGGACAACCAAUAGCGAUUUUCCUUACUGAGGAUUUUGCAACACUGGUCAUUUCUGCACCAUGGAGCCCACAUUGAAUUCAGACGAGGCUGUUGCUGCAGUCUUGCAGUCUUCCGAAAGCGAAAAAGAUAGCACUAGCAAUGAAGAAGGGGAGGAAUAUCUGCCAGGCAAUGAGGAGCUUUGCAGCUCGUCGGAGGAGGAGAAGGAGGAAGAGACAAAAAUGGAGCUUGACAGUCAGUGGAGAUCGAAAAAUGGGGAAAUCCUGUGGUGUCCCACACACGAAGAGACCCUGCGAUUUUUCCCCGCUUCCAUUUUAACCCCAGGACCAACCCAUUACGCAACUGCUAGGAUCAGCAGCCCCGUGAGUGCUUUUGAUCUUCUUUUUGCGGAGGACCUUAUGCAGCUAAUCCGGCAUUUUACCAACCUGCAGGGGAAGAGGUCGGUAAAACAGUGGAAGGACGUAGGUGAGGAGGAGCUGCGGGCUUACAUGGGGCUGCUGAUCCUUGCUGGCCUGUACAGGUCUCAACAUGAAGCUACAGAAAGCCUGUGGGAUGGGGUGACAGGACGUGUUAUUUUUCCUGCUACAAUGUCACGAAAAAGAUUCCAGCAAAUUAAUAUGGCCCUAAGAUUUGACGAUCGUCUUUCCCGUCCAGGUUGCCGCAGGGAGAAUAAGAUGGGUCCUAUAAAGGAUUUAUGGAGCAAGUGGAGUAGCCGCCUGCCCACAUUUUUUAAUCCAGGGAGGGAAAUAUGUGUGGAUGAACAGCUGGUCCCUUUUAGGGGCCGCUGUUCAUUCAAACAAUAUAUGCGCCUCAAACCUGCAAAAUAUGGGCUAAAGAUCUGGGCCUUAUGCGAUGUGCAGACCUCCUAUGCCUGGAGGCUGCAGAUAUACACAGGGAAGUCUGAAUCAGCAAAGAGGGAGGUUAGUCAAGGAAUGCAGGUGGUGCUUGAUUUGACAGACGGGCUGAAGGGCCACACAGUAACAAUGGACAAUUUUUUUACAUCAUUUCCUCUUGCAGAGGAAUUGAGGAAGAGGAAGAUGGCCCUGGUGGGCACUCUGAGGAUUAACAAACCUGAGCUGCCCCCACAGCUGCUGAACAUUCAACACAGAGAGGUAAUGUCCUCUGUCUUUGCUUUUAGUCGCAACGCUGCUUUGGUAUCCUAUGUGCCAAAGAAAUCAAGAAAUGUUCUCCUGUUGAGCACAAAGCACCGUGAGCCACAAGUCGAGAACUCUGGCAAGAAAAAGCCCCAGAUCAUCCUGGACUAUAACAAGUGCAAAGGGGCUGUGGAUCAUCUAGAUCAGGUUUGUGGCACCUACUCCUGCCGUCGGAGGACACGUAGGUGGCCCAUGUGUCUGCUGUAUCAUAUGAUUGAUGUAAGCUGCUACAACGCUUUUGUCCUCUUCACUGCUGUGGACACAGAGUGGAACAAAGGAAAGCGCUAUUGCCGGCGUCUGUUCAUAGAGCAGGUUGGCAGAGCACUCAUCACCCCGACCAUGAUGAAGAGAAGCCACCUGCCUAGAACACCGUUUGCAGUCAGCCUGGUCUUACAAGCCCAGGGCAAAGAGCAGCAGGAUCAGCAGGAGAAAGAGGAAGAGCAGCAGGAGGAGGAGGAAGAGCAGCAGGAGGAGGAGUGGGAGUCGCCUUCCAAAAAGCGGAAGCAGUGCGCAUCGUGCAAACAGCGCAAAAGGAUCAUAACCAACUGCUGCAAAUGUGGUGCCCCUGCCUGCAAAAUCCAUCUGAAAACACUUUGUGGUUCAUGUUAUAAAAUGUAAAUUACAUCUUUGUUCAGUUUGUUGUUGAGUUUAUUCAGCUCAGUUCAGUUUGUUUUUGCAAAAAAUUGUCAUUGUUCCAAAAAUAAUAAUGCAUCCAAAUCAAUGUUGUUAUCAAUUACUGACCUAUUCAAGGCUGUAAUAACCUCAUGCCAAAUAUUUUGUUUUGCAACUAAUUUUUGGAAAACAUUACAGAUUGUGGGUUUUUCCCAUUAAAAAUCAGGGAUCUUUAUGACAAUAAGGGCAUUAAAAACAUAAAAAAAAAUGAAAAACUUUAUACAUAUGGUUAGGUCUGAAGUUGUUGAAAAGAUCUGAUGUGAAAAAUUUUUAUAUAUGACAUCGUAACACUUUUGUGGGCGCAAUCAUGUGGGGUCCCGAGGGCAAAAGUGAUCUUUUUUUUAAAAACUGAUUGCUCCAAAAAUAAUAAUGCAUCCAAAUCAAUGUUGUUAUCAAUUAUUGACCUAUUCUAGGCUGCAAUAAACUCAUGGCAAAUAUUCUAUUUUGCAACUCAUUUUUGGAAAAUAUUGCAGAUUAUGGUUUUUUCCAA